AUGAAGUUCCUCUCUUCGGUUAUCGUUGUUUCUUUUUUGUGCGGUGUGCAACAAUUCGCACCGAUUUUAUGCGAUGGUACUUACAACGACUCCAUCAGCAACCCCUCUGCAAACAGUGGCAAGGGCACUGAGACUGAUGACGAUUGUGGUAUAUCUUGCGUUAUAAGCGAACUCUUCGGUUCAUUAUUUGGAGAUUCUGGCCCUUCUGGAUAUGAUUAUUACGGUGAAAACGGAACCGGAAAUGGAUCCGAUUAUUACGAUUACUAUUACACUAACAGCGGCCCUGUUGAAGAAGAAAUUAUUAUUAUACCGUUGACUGGAUCCGGAUCAGGGUUAACGUUCGGCGAUUACAAUUACACUUCUUAUAGCGGAUCCAGCGGUGAAGGAAAUAUAAGCCAGUCUGGAUGGAGUGGAAUAGGUUUACCUGGAUUAUUCCCCCCCAUUGGUGGUCCGUUGAAUGGUUCGGUUAUUCCUUUCCCGCCCUUCUCAGUCCCUGCAACAAACACAUCGUCGACAUCUGGUUCAUCAUCAUCCAGCUCAGGAAGUAAUAGUGGAUCUAGCUCAAGCAGUUAUCCCGGCUCAAGCUGGUCAGGAUCUAGUGGAUCGGGGUCUACUUGGGGAAGUGGAUCCGGCUCAGGCAGUGGUUCCAGCUCAAGUUCUUCAGGAGCUGCAACAUCCUCCACUUCAGCUCCUUCAACCAGCGCACCUGCAUCCAACACCACUGCUACCAAUACUACUUCAUCUGGUCCAGUUCCAUCAGCAACAAUCACCAACAAUGGUAUUUUUGGAACACUACCAUCUGCUUGA